AACCAUCUAAUUAGGUGUUCAAAACUUCCAGAAGAAAUGCCCUGGGGAAGCCCCACAAAGGCAGACAGCUAGAGUUCCUGAUGGAGUCCCUGUGAAAGUGUCCCUAGUGUAGGGCUUCCAAGUAAAGACUGAACAGCAGCAGACAGAGACAACAUCACCAAGUUGAGGGCUCUUAAACAUCUAGAAGAAACCAACAGGGAAGUUGAGGCAGUCUGCUAAGUCCCCCACUGAGCUUUCUCUCCAUGAAUGAGCGCGAUUACCUGGCCACACUUCCCCACUGCAGCCAUUGUAUCUCGGGAUAAACAAUAGGCACAUCUGAUGGAAGGAAGCACUUGGCCUCCAGCUAUUCUCAAGGACACAGAGCUCUUACUGUUCUGUCCCCUUACCCUCACCUGCAUCGCCACAGAAUUGGGAGUUUGGCACCUGUCCCCAGACAAGGAGCCUUGGAGGACAAAUACUCCUGGAUCUGAAAAGCAGAGGCUGGGGAGAGGACACGGGGCCAGGACCAGCUCCUCCGUGAGCUCUAGCAGCAUACAACGGUUUUCCAAUGAAAUACGCUUUACACUAUAAACAGUGUGUAAACCCGGAGUGUCCACGACAGGCAGCUUCAUAGCCAGAAAGAAGACCAGUGUUUCCAGGACAGCCAGUGAAGAUGCGAUGGCGUUACAAUAGAUGCUGACCAGUUCCCAAAAGCCACCAGAGCCUCUACCUCACAAGGAGAGCAGCCCAUCUUCACCACGCGAGCGCACGUCUUCCAGAUUGACCCCAGCACCAAGAAGAACUGGGUGCCGGCAAGCAAGCAGGCCGUCACUGUUUCCUACUUCUACGAUGUCACCAGGAACAGCUAUCGGAUCAUCAGUGUGGAUGGAGCCAAGGUAAUCAUAAACAGCACCAUCACCCCGAACAUGACGUUCACCAAAACUUCACAGAAGUUCGGGCAGUGGGCUGACAGCAGGGCCAACACCGUGUUCGGUCUGGGAUUCUCCUCAGAGCAGCAGCUCACAAAGUUUGCAGAGAAAUUCCAGGAGGUAAGAGAAGCUGCCAGGUUAGCCAGAGACAAGUCCCAGGAGAAAAUCGAGACGUCAAGUAAUCAUUCCCAAGAAUCUGGGUGUGAAACCCCGUCUUCCACUCAGGCAUCCAGCGUCAAUGGGACAGAUGACGAGAAAGCCUCCCAUGCGAGUCCGGCCGACACACACCUCAAGUCUGAGAAUGACAAGCUGAAGAUCGCUUUGACACAGAGUGCUGCCAAUGUGAAGAAGUGGGAGAUCGAGCUGCAGACCCUGCGGGAGAGCAAUGCCCGGCUGACCACCGCGCUGCAGGAGUCGGCGGCCAGUGUAGAACAGUGGAAGCGGCAAUUCUCCAUCUGCAGAGAUGAGAAUGACAGGCUCCGCAGCAAGAUUGAGGAGCUGGAAGAACAGUGCGGUGAGAUCAACAGGGAGAAGGAAAAGAACACCCAGCUGAAGAGGAGGAUUGAGGAGCUGGAGUCAGAGGUCCGAGAAAAGGAAAUGGAGUUGAAGGAUCUCCGCAAACAAAGUGAAAUCAUACCUCAGCUCAUGUCCGAGUGUGAAUAUGUCUCUGAGAAGUUAGAGGCUGCAGAAAGAGACAAUCAAAACUUGGAAGACAAAGUGCGGUCUCUAAAGACAGACAUCGAGGAGAGUAAAUACCGGCAGCGCCACCUGAAGGGGGAGCUCAAGAGCUUCCUUGAGGUGCUGGACGGAAAGAUCGAUGACCUCCACGACUUCCGCCGAGGGCUCUCCAAGCUAGGCACGGAUAACUAGGGUGGGGCGGAGCCUAGAUGGAGAGUGGAAAGCGUGUGUGAGAGAUGAAGUGGACAUAGGGCAUUCUCCGUUUGCUUCUGUAAUGCGGGUGCGUUCUGUCUGUCUCCAGGCCAGUCGUGCCGUCCACUCGCUCCUCCAGAAUAGAAAAUCUCUUGCUUCUCUGGCUUUGUGAGGUCGUGGACACCUGGAAGCUUCUGACUCAGGAAUCCAGAACGGUCUACCUUAGCCGUUUACGCAGUCAGGGCAGGGACAUUCAGAUCUUCCCUUAAGGGCUGUUGCAACCCUAUGAACUGGGGAUGGGGGAAGUAUUUUCUAAUCCAAGUAUCAUUAACCUUUACAACAGGCCUUUGGGCGCCUUCCGCUGCGUGGCACUCAGUGUGUAAGACUCUAGAUUCCAGACCGGGAGCACGUGGAGGGAACAUCUUUUCCCAGGAUGCAUUCUGUUCCUUUAGCAGAGGUAGCUAACCUUUCGAAGUUAUGACAGAUUUCACACUCAAAAACUGCACAAUUGAUCUACCCAAAAAGAAAUAAUUAUUAAAAAAAAAAAAACCCUAACAUAUUUUAAGUAAAUACACUGUUUUGGGUUGGAGCGCAUUCAUAGUUACCCUCAGCUGCAUGUGGCCUUUGGACUGUAGGCCACACAAACCUACUUGAAAGGAACCAUUUAAUGGAGACUUGUCCAGUGGGAAGACAAACCAGAAGUUUUGGCGUGCGCUUACUGACAAGGAAUUACUUGUACCUACUCUGACCCAUCCUCCCCUGAUUUGUCACGGUUGCAACAAUGUUUUUUUGUUUGUUUGUUUUGUUUUUGUUUUGUUUGCUUUCCUUUUUAAAUUUCAGAACAGAUGCUUGAGCUGUUGGAACAGAAUGCAGGGAGGGUGUCUAGCACAGUCUGGGCACAUAAUAGGUGCUUAAUAAACAUUCGUUCACUUAAACAUAUAAACAGAAUUUAGUGUUUUAAUCAGACCGCACAGCAGAGUUCAGACCCUUGUUGAACAACACAUCGUUUCUGUUGUGCUGAAGUAAUUAUCAGAAACAAAUGCAGUUUACUGUACUCAAACCUAGACUUAGCUCUGAGGCUCAGACUGUGGCAAGGUGAUCAUCAUAGGCUACUCUGAGGCCCUCCUGCAGGGCCCCAGCCACGAUCCCUCUAGAAGACAUUGCCUUUGGGCCACCUUCUCUUCCAGGCAGAGGACCUGUAGUUAGAGGCUUUCUGGAUACUAGGAGAGCAUGGUGUAGGAGCUACCCUGGGCUUAGAAAGUAGGCUGUGCUCCCCAUAAUGGGUUUGAACAAUAGCAGAGCCUUCCUACAGGCCACGGGGUGAGGGCCCCUUGGGUGGCAGCCCUUAGCCUCAGUGAUGGAGACAUUCCUCCCAGGUCCACCUUUCCUUUUCCAGUUCCUGCUAAGGAAGGGUCUGCAGCCAAAAGGCUCUCUUUCUGCUCACAGAGAACUUCUUAGUGGGGUCAUUGGACAUUCUGGUCCAUGGGCAUUCCUCCUGUGAGAGAUUGCACACAGGAGGCAAACUGUGCUAAGUCCAACCCCCAACCCUUCUGAAUGCCUUGGGCAAGAGAAACAUUGGUUUCCUACACCUCUAAGACCCCUCUAGAUGUGUCCACAUGGGAUCAGAAAUUCUUCCUCCUGAAUGAGAAAACAGCCUGAGGAAGGGGCUAGAUCUGCAUGUUCAAGACCCAAGCCCUGUGGACACUUCCAAGUCCUCAUCUUUCCUUGCAGUGGCUGACGAGUUGCUCUGAGCAAGGAACUCGACUGGGAUAAGAAAGGAAGGCUGGUGAUAUGGAAGGCUGAGGUAUAUUAGGGCAGGGGUGACACCAUCCAGUCAGGAUACUUUUUAUGCAACAGAGCGGUCACCUCUGCUGUAAUUCAGCCCAGGGUACUGCCAGUCCUGCCUUUCCCACAGUUUCCAGUAGUUCUCAAGUCAGUAGCAGCCGCUAACUCUGCUGCACCAAGAGAACAUAGACUGGGUUAGCCAUGACCCAGCAUUGGGCUAAAGGGAACAUGGCUCCCAAGAGUAGUGGACACUGGGACCCUCAGCUUCAGAUGAGCCUCCGUCUGCAGGAAACAUGGUCAUGUAGAAGAUGCUCUCUUGUCUGACUGGAGGUAUGACCUGCUGACAUGAUCACAUGAGGACACUUGCUAAAGCCACUGAAUCAGAAACGCAGAAAAUUCUAGAAGUUCUGAGCAUCGUGGGCUGGCUGUAAGGUUGGAACCCAUGAUCCCUGUUGUUAGCCACUCGGGGGUUUGGCAAGCUUCUUGUAGCCAGUAGGCAGGGGAAAUAGAGUUUUUAUACUCUUGGACCCAAGCAGCCCCCAAACUGCCACAACUCAUGAGCCUAAGAGACUACAGUCUCCCCUGAAGAGUGAUGUAGGCUUCACAGUUAAAGCCUGAAACACUGAACCUCCCUUUUGUCUGCUUCCUCUAAAGACCUCAUGAUUCCUCGUUUGCUUUCUUUUUAAAAACAAUUGUGGCCCAGGAAGAGCCUGGAAGGCCAACAAUAGGCUGGCUCUGUCUGCAGCCCCUGGCACUGUACAAAGUAGACUCUGUACAGAGCAAACGGCCCUCUGAAAUGUUCCUAUCCAUUCCCAUUGGUGGGCCGUACCUUCAUUUAUUAUGACAUCCAACCUAGUCUUAGGCCUGUUGUCAUGACCUCAAACCCUGUGCAGAUGGUGUGAGCUGUUUCCUCCCAGCAAUUACAGCCACCGCGUGCUGCCUGCAGAGCCCGGUGUCAGAUGAGAUCGGCCUUGGCAUCUCCAAGGCUAGCAGUCUGCACCUCACUUAGCUUGCAUUCUGCAGCCAUCCACUUAGAGCCUAAAAGAGGCCAAGAAAACCUCAGAAGCCUUUAGCCAUGACCCACAUGCAUUUCUGACUUGGGGCUGGGGUGCGGCAGAGGCCAUGCUUCUGGUGCCUAGGAAUGAGAGACCACCGGAGGGAAGGAUUGGAAGGGAAGAAACAGCCCAUGCUAGACCUCCGGUCGUCUUCUGUUGCAUCUCCCCAAGAGCAGUCACUUUAGACCUUGACUGGGUGAGAGAACUUGGCGGAGACUAUCAACAGGAAGCAGAGGCAGAGUAGCAUGCCCAGAGCUACCCAGCUGUGGCCAGCGGCAUGGGCUCCUGGGUCUCCUGGACCUUGAUCCACUGUUCUCCCAUGAGCCAUAUUGUCACUCUCCCGUUGGUGUCCCUUAGAUGCCAAGAAGAAAUAAGUAGCCCUCUGCCCUAUUAGAAACAUGUUGCAACUGUAUUAAUUUUAGUCCACAGCAAAGAACAGCCGACGACAGGGACAAGGCAGAAUUGUUCACCAUACACAGUAAGGUCUGUUUUUGUUUUUUGUUUUAGUUUUAAAUGAUUCUGCUCUGUAGGGACCUCUUCAGUGAUCUCCGCUUGAUGAGGCCAGUUUGGUGGAACACUGUCUGGUUUUGAAUUCUUUGCUGAUGGCUUUAAUGGAGGUACACUGGUCUUUUUAAAGAGGGGGAAAAGGCCUUCGAUGGCAGAGUCAGGAGUAGGAACAGGCCCAGAAAUGGCUGGCUGGUGCACAGGAGCCACAGCUGGGGAGGUGCAGACCCAUCCAGUGCGUAGAGUGGUUUGCGUGUACGACAGGCUGUCCACAGGGGGCGCUGCUCUCUAGCCUGCAUACUCCACAGCCAUAGCCUUCAGCUGCUCUGUGGGCAGAUGCAUGAGCUGCAUUUGAUGUGAGUGAGUGAUAGCUCACCAUGCAGCCCAAAAGCAUUCCGAGCAAGCCCAUUUUGCAGGGGCUCUCUCUACAGACAAGAUUCCUCUUCUGCAGACAUCGGGGGCAACUGUGAAUGAGACCCAACUUAGACCUCACAUGGAGCCAGGCGCAUGCUUGGAAACAGGGCGGUCUGGUAGGAGUUCAAGUGAAGCUGCCCUUCAGGGAACACCAAACGGCACCAAUCACUGCUCUUUGCUGACAACGGAAGUGGGUCACUAGAAGUUACAUUCGGGUGACUCUUGGGAACAUCACUGGAUUUUGAAGCACUUGCAACAUGAAUCAGAAGCUUUCAAUUCAGUGUCCAUAUGCCUCUUGAAUGAUGGGCAUGAUUUUAAACAGACCGUGACUUAUGAAUACAUGCCCCCCCCCACCCAAAGAAAUACACUGUGUUCUGGGGACAGUGGGUGUGACGGCAUGGAGACAGAUCCCUAAAUAGAAGUGUGAGUUAUUUACAUGUCUUUUCCUUACACCUUUCUGAAGGAUAUAAAUCCCUCUUUAAAAACAAGCCUGGCAAGAAGGUGACUUUGGUAGGAAUUUUGAGCUGUAUGAAAUUGUGUGUGUGUGUGUGUGUGUGUGUGUGUGUGUGUGUGUGUGUGUGUGUGUGUGUGUGCGUGCGUGCGUGCGUGCGUGCAGGCAUUGGAGGGAGGAAGCAUCAGGGAAAGCCAGAGAAACAAUUAGGAGGAAUUCAAGUACAACUCCAUAACCAGGAGGAGUCUUUGAAUAUUUCUGGAGGUGAUGGCGAAUGUUCUGGAAUCCACUUACAGGACUUGUGGGGCUUCGGUUUGAUGUGAAAUUGUACAGUUCUUUUUGAUAGUGUAGCACUUGCUGCAGAGAGGGGCCACAGGGACCACUGCAGAGGCCACAUGGACCACAGCAGGCUUGCCCACUCUGUCAGGAGAUCAGCAGCUUGAUGUCUCCAUCCUGUACCAUGAUGUGAUAGCAGGAAGACGUUUCUUACAUCUCCACAAGAGCUUAAUGCUAAGUAUGGAUUGGAUAAGCAAAUUAUUUCAUGAGUCAUUUUUUCUUUUUAAAUGCUUUUUUGGAAUAUAAGUAAUAGAUACUUUUUUAAAAAUGAAACUAAAGAUAAAAGGAACAAAAAAAAAAAAAGCAAACAACCCACCUAUUGUUCCACCAUCUGAUUGUAACCACUGUUAACCAGUGUGGCUCUUCAGCGUCCUCACUACGCUGCUUUUGUUCCUUUUCCAUGAAAUAUCCUGGUCUCACGCACACUCUUCCACCUUUGUCCCCUUUUACACUGUAUCACAGACGUGUUUCUCUGUUGCUAAGUAAGUAACUACUACUCUUUUUAACACCUGUGUAGUCAUUCCUUGGAUAGUUAAGCUGUUUCCAGUUUUCUACUCUUGUAGUCAGGACUCAAUAAAAACUGUUUCUGACGUCUUUGUAAACUGUUUAGAAUAUUUGCAUAGAAUAAAUUUCUAAUAUUAGCCUUUUCUGAUCUCCAAACCCUGGUUCCUUUCCUUCCUAAACAUGUGAGAGACUCCAUUCACCAGCCCCUGGGUGGUCAGCUCUUUAGGGCCCUGGGAAUAAUUCUGGUCAAGGAUGUGGGCAGAAGUAGUAUCUGAAACUCUAGCCAGGACUGUGGAGGGCGCCAUGCUUGUCUCCAGUGUCUCUGAUCCUUUCCCAUAACAAAUGGUAUUAUCCCAGGGUUAGGGCUUCUCCCGGCCUCGAGGGACUGUGUGGGACAGGUCCUCGCACCCCACUCUGCCUGCCAUCGAGACAGCCAUGCGGCACACACAGAGAUAGACCCUUGUGUUUUACCACUGGGACUUCAGGGUUGAAGACUGACUGCAGCAUAACACAGCCCUAUUUUAACUACUAAGAAAGGCAUCCAUGUUUUUAGGAUCUAAACAUAGCACUUCAAAUUACCUUUCAGAAAGAUGCCCCACACCAACUAUACCUCCCCUCAGAGUGUCUGUGAGCACCCGGCUCCCUCAGCAGCUCUGUCAGUAUCAUGGAGGCAGGAGCUAAGAAAGUUACAGUUUUCGUUAAAAUAUGAUCCUCAUUAGCAAAUGAGCCCCGCCUGCCUCUGCUACCCAAGUGCUGGGGUCAAAGGUGUGCACCACCACCCUGCUUCAGGCCUGCUUCCUCAUAAGGUCUUUAGUGGUCUCAUUCACUCCUCUUUUUUUUUUUUUAGUAUAUGUAUACUACUUGUGUGCCUGAUAUUCAAGGAGACCAGAAGAGAGGGUAUCAGAUGCCCUGGAACUGGAGAAGGUUGUGAGCUGCCAUGUGGGUGCUGGGAGUCAAACCCUCUGAAAGCAUACCUAGUGCUCUUAACCACUGAGCCAUCUCUCCAUUACUCAGCCCCCCUUUUGUUUGCUUUUUAUUUAUUUAUUUAUUUUUUUUGAAACAAGGUCUCAUCCAUAUAACUGGCUAGCCUGGAGUUCUCUGGGUAGACCACACUAGCCUUAAAUGUAUGGCAAUCCUCCUGCCUCAGCCUUCCAAGUGCUGGAAUUACAGGCUUGCUCCACCACAGACAGCGGUUUCAUUGAUGUCAAAAUUUCUUCAUAAAUAUUAUAAAAACUAAAGUCAUAUCAUGGCUUUUAGAGAAAUUCUUGCACAGGAAGAAACCUUUUUUUAUCUUUUCCUUUAUAGUUAAUCCUUUGUUGUCAUGAUUGUGAAAGUUUUUCUGGUUCUGAUCCCAGCCUACUCUGUUCAUUAGUGUAUUGAUCUUGUACGUUCAUUAACCCCGUUUCAGCUGUGGAAUCUCUGAUCUCAGCCAGGCAGGACGAUCAGCCGCAUAGAAAGACUAAGCGCCAGCCUUGACUAUUUAUGGAGACCCUAUCUCAAAAACACAAGACAAACCAGAAACAAACAAACCAACCAGUCAGUUGUGAUGCAUACCUUUAAUUCCAGUACAAAGAAGGCAGAAGCAGGGGGAUCUCUGUGAGUUCCCAAGCCAGCCAGGGUUGCACAGUGAGAUCCUGUCUCCAAAACAAAUAAAACAACACAGCAAAACAAAACUGCCCUUUUAUUCCUAAUUUAUUUCUAAAUUGCACCAAAACUAUUUGGGGGGAAAGGACCCUUUCUUUACUGAUGUCAAAUUGCAUUUUAUGUACCCUACCCCUGAGCGGGUGUGAGCUGUACUUGUGAACUGCCUGUCCGUGUAUUCUGCUACUGGGACUACACUUGUUAGGUAAUCCUAAUUUAGGUUUGAAAUCCCCAGUUAAUGAUUUUUUUAAAUUUGCUAGUCUCCUUUAUAUACUAAUAUUUCCAAAAGAAAUUCAGGGGCCAUUUUUUAAAUUUUGGAAUCCUUGGAAAUUGAAUUACAUAAUAUUUCUAUCUUACAAGAGAAGUAACAUCUCUGUAACCUCUUUUGUUUCACUAAAUUUAUAAUGUUCAGUCUAUUUUUUAUAAAGGUAAUUUUUUCCUUGCGGUUGUUGCUGUAAAUGAGAUCUUUCCCGACAGUUACAUAGAUAUAACACUGCUUUGUCAGUGAAAAAUCCUUCCCCUUGGAUUUCUAUUUGAGGACAGCAAAUAAACAUUACAUAAAUUUAGACAUAAAAAAAACUAUAGAAAAUCAAAAUCUCCUAUAAUUAAAAUUAAAAUUCCCUCUGAUCCAAGAUACUCAACAAUUAUGUAAAGUCUACACACCACACACACACACACACACACACACACACACACACACAAACACAUACAUACACACACACACAAAUACACACACAGUGUUUAUCAUCUUGACAGUUUGACACAGCCCCUCUGCUACGUGCAUUCUUUGCUUGGAGAAGAUCUUGACCAUCAGGAAGCAUCGAUCAAUCUACCUCAUUUUAUCUACACAGAAGAGUGUGUCUGCGAACAAGUCCAUUUCCAGUCUGUCCAGCCGCUCACUGGUUAAUUCUUUUGGUCUUAACUUCCUUUGCCUUCCUUGUAGGUGAUGACCUUGAUUAGUGAUGAUGAUAUCAUGCCCAGAGUGUUCACUUUCUUGCCUUCCCACGCUGACCGGCCCCUCUGUAACAGUGACAGAGUUGUUUAUGAUUGUGCUAGUCUCGAACAUGCCUCUCCACAUACCUCCCCUUUGGUGAGGACAAGUUAGUGUCUUUACCUGUGACUCUUGUAUAGUCAAGCCAUACUCUCAUGUCUCUGGUUUGCUGGCAAGUAAGGAGUGUUAGGAUUUUAGGAAAUGAAUUUUUAACAUCUGUCAAGCUGUUCAAAUGACUUUUCUCUAUCAUGACUUAAGAUGACUUAAGAUGUAGUUAAAUGCUCCUUCUGUUUCCCCAAAACCCUGAUGUAGUCACCGUACUUUGUUAUUCUUUUAAUAUACACCUCCCUUUGAAGUUAACAGUGGUUACUCAUGAUUGGUUGGUCUUUGGUACAUUUUUACUUAUUUGUGCUUUCAGAUUUUUUCUACAAAAGUUGCCUAUUACUUGUAUAAUAAAAUUAAGAGCUUUACAAUGAGAAAAGACUUCUUGAUUUUAUCAGUUCCUUUUAUUUUAGAAUUCCAUAUCUCAUUAAUACGAUGCAUAAUUGUGAUUUUUCUGCUGUCCUUGUCAGGUGUUUUUAUGUGAAUCUCCUUUAAAAUGUAUCUUGGGCCACUUUCUAUCUCUUUUUCUAUGCCCUGGAACAGUUCAAGUAACAUUCAGAACUUCUCGCUCUUUGAAGUUUUUAUAACCUGUAUACAACUGUCCAAGUCUAGUGCCUUUUAAAGAAAUAAUUCUUCCAUAAUUUUAAAUCGUUUUCCAUAUUCAUGGGUCUCUUUGAAGUUGCUUCUUACUCUGUAAGAUUUCUGACAACUUAACUUGUACUAACUGAUGAUUGUCUAAGGUUUUUGGGAUAUGCUGAUGUCGAAUUGUAUGAUUUUUUUCCCCUUAGUGUUGUAUGUCUCUGCUUCCCAUUUUAUUCUGACUAGGUUUUCAAUAAGUAGUCGAUUUUUAAUCAUCUUUUCAAAAACACAGCGUUGGAGUUUAUACGCACAUCUCCAGUUUUACCUUUUUAUGACUGUUGUUUUUCCCUUGGUAUUUUUCCAGCUUUUCAAGUUAAAGGCCAUCUUGACUUCUUACGCAGGGAAAGGCACAGUAACUCCUGUUGUAAGCCUGUGACCUUUCCUCGAAGUACAUCUGUAUCCCAUAAAUGUUUACGUGUGAUGUGAUUGUUAUAAAUAACUUACCACUUCAGGUUGGGGUUUAUCUUUUACUGAGGAGUUAUUUUAAAUUAUACUUUUAGAUUUCCCAAUCAUUCGUCUUCGUUGCUGUUACUUUUAACAUUUAUUACAGACUGCGUUUUUACCUCGUUGUCAAGGAGGGUAAGGCCUGCACACAGUGUGCUUUGGAGUUCAUUAACAUUUUGUUGAGACCUAGUAGGUUUUCAGUUUUAGUGAGAUACCCAGGAAGUUAGAGAAGGUAUAUGCUUUUAAGCAACAAUAUUUGAUCUAUGUAUGAUAAUUUGACCUUACUAAAUACACUCUUGUGGACCUUUAACUUUUAUUUUAACUCAUUAACGACUAAGGCUUGUCCCAUUACCACUGUAUGUCUGUCCUUUCCUCAUGUACCUAACAGUUUCUGCUUGUGUAUUUCUGUUUCCAUAGAAAAAUGACCCUUUUAUAUUUAAGGAAAAAGUUGUUUUCCUAAAGACUUGUGUCCCUUGGCUUUGAUGUAAUAGAGUUGUUUAUGUAUAAA